UCCGGUGUCCGGGACGCUGGAACCCCCUACCCCUACCGCCGCGGGGCGCCCUGGGAUAGCCGCGGGGUGAGCGCGAACGUGGCCGACUCCGGGAGCUGGGGGGCGCGGGGGAGUCGCUGAGGGCCCGGGCCCACGUGGUGGCGCCGCGGGGCGGCCGUGCCGGCCGGCCAGACGCGCAGCAAGCGGCACCAGGCCUGCUCGUAGGGGCCCUUGAAUGUUCAUCAUCCCGUCCCUGAGCUGCGGUCUCCAGGGUGCUGCCUGCACGGUACCCCAGCCCUCGCGGAGCAGGGGGUGCAUGCUAGUGUAGAAGGCAGGAAAUAAAGGGGGUGUGACUCCCUGCGCCCGCUUGUCCUCCUGGUGUGCUCUGGAACUGAUCCUGGCCGCUUCUGCGAACACUCCCGAUGCCUCAUUUGCCCCUGGCCUCGUUUCGGCCACCACUCUGGGGGCUGAGGCCCUCACGGGGCCUCCCCAAGCCCCGUCCCCUUUCCACACAAUCCGAGCCCCAUAGCUCCUCUGUCUCUCGGAGGAACCGUGAAGCCAAGCAGAAGCGCCUGCGCGAGAAGCAGGAGGCGCUGGAAGCUGCCAUAACCCGGAAAAGCAAGACACCCGCAGAGACCAGUAAGGCAUGGAGUCCUAAGGAGAUAGUAUUGUAUGAAAUCCCAACAGAACCCGGUGAAAAGAAAGAUGUGUCAGUACCCUUGCCUCCUGCUUACAGCCCCCGAUAUGUUGAGGCUUCUUGGUACCCAUGGUGGGUUCGAGAGGGCUUCUUCAAACCAGAAUAUCAGACGAGGCUGCCCCAGGCUACAGGAGAGACCUUCUCCAUGUGUAUCCCACCUCCGAAUGUCACUGGCUCUCUACACAUUGGCCAUGCACUGACAGUGGCUAUCCAGGAUGCCCUUGUGCGCUGGCAUCGGAUGCGUGGGGAUCGGGUACUGUGGGUCCCUGGCUCAGAUCAUGCAGGAAUUGCUACACAAGCUGUGGUGGAGAAACAACUGUGGAAGGAGCAGGGAGUGAGGAGGCAUGAGCUGGGCCGGGAGGACUUCCUUAAGGAGGUGUGGCAGUGGAAGGAGAAGUGA